UAAGAUCAGGACCGAACAAACCCUCCGAAGGCUUUUAUGUCUGCCUACCUUAGAUACUUCGCCGUAUACGAACGACAGACGGUGAGCACGCCUCUUGACUUGGGGCAAUGACUUAUUGGGCCGCAUGAUGCUGUGCGACUGGCGAAAUUCAAAUCCACAUGAAGAAGACGCAUUCACAUCCGUAUCCAUACUGCUGGGUCGAAUGUUAAUUGAUCAUGCUCGCAUUGACGGGAUCAAUUUCAACGGGUGCCCACGCAGCACCAGCAAGGUGGAGGUAAGCCGACAAGGCGUGACUGUGACGUCUGAUAGUGUGCCAACCCUCUCCACAUGUCAGUGGUCACUCCCCAACCCAGGGUCGAGGGGAUUGUCUCGUCCCAAUGCGGCAGUCAACGGCUCCAACGCCCACCGCAUAUCGAGCACGACCUGCAGCUCCGGGAGGGCAAAGCGAACUUGUCCGAGCGAACGGCACGACGAUGAGCGACGGCGAGAACGAUUCUCUAGCGGAAAAGCGUGGGUUGGCUCCGUGGUGUCAUGCUACUCGGUCAAGGCUCACCUCCAUUCUGUCCGACGCGGCGUAGCAACUAGCGAUGAGCCACGGGGCAAAGGCCCGGAUCGGAACGCUUGAGGCACCCGCACCACCAUUGCCGCACCAAGCGUAGGGAGAGCGGGGAGGGGUGUUGGAUUCUUUAUUUUGGGGCGUUCCA